AUGAUUUCACUUUCAAUAGCAGCGGCAUUUCUUGCCACUCUACCCGCUACACAUGCUCUGCCACCUACUUAUUGCGAGAAGAAGCCGAGCUGUGCUUCUCUCACUGCAGACGAGGUCAGAUCUCUCGGUAACAACACAUUGUUCACACGCUGGCGACCUCACAGUCGUUAUAUCGCUCCUGCAGGAUGGAUGAACGAUCCGUGUGGUGCAAUGUAUGAUCCUAUCCGCGAUGAAUACCACAUGUCCUACCAAUGGCAUCCAAACCACUUCAAUUGGGGUAACAUCAGCUGGGGAUCGGCCACAAGUAAAGAUUUGAUCACCUGGACAGACCAUGGCAGCUGGAGGGGCAACGACGCUUUGAUUCUAUCGCCGAAUGGUAACGGAAGCUACAAAGGCCUGGGUGUAUUCUCCGGAACUGCGCAGCCUAUCAACAUCAACGGCGAGCAGGACGGCACACUCAUGAUUUUCUAUACUUCGGUAUCGAAACUGCCCWCCAACUGGGCUUUACCAUACCUCCAAGACACCGAGACACAGAGUCUGGCCCUCAGUAAAGACGGUGGUGAGACCUGGGAGGAAUACGAGAACAACCCGGUGAUCUCCACCAGCGCGAAUGAUGCACCAAUGAGCUGGAACAUCACUGGUUUCCGCGAUCCAUUCCUGGAGGCAUCGCCAGAACUUGAUGCUAUCCUGGAAGUCAGCGAACCUCACUACUAUGCCGUCUUUGGAUCUGGUAUUAAAGGAGUUGGUCCGCGAAUGCCUCUCUGGACAGCGCCGGCCACCGAUCUCACCAACUGGACUUUCUUGGGCGCCCUUUGGGAACCAGUCGGGAACACCUCCGUCGGCCCCGUUCUGUCCACGGGAUCGUAUGGUUUCAACUUUGAAGUAUCGGGCUGGUUUCCGCUCUACGAUACCAAGGGAAAGCCUCAUUGGUAUGUCAACAUGGGCUCUGAGGGCGGCAACGUCUCGUUUCACCAGUCUCUUCAAUGGUCACUAUGGAAUGGAGGUUCUGUCACACGUCGAGCAAAUGGUAGCGCCGAGUUCACACCUGAAGUUGGCGGCGUCSCGGRCUGGGGCAGUGGGUACGCAUUGACCAGCUUCAAUGAUACCAAGCACAACCGCAGAGUUCAGUACGCAUGGGUCAGGGAGGAUGUCGUUGGUGACGCUGGACUCUUCAGCUUCCCACAGCAGGGCUUCCAGGGCGCUAUUUCGCUCCCUAGAGAGCUCUUCGUGCACGAAGUUGCAAACGUUACCGCCAGUGAGGAAAUCGAGACGGCGAAGACUGCUGUUUUGGAACAACAAGAUGAUGGCACUUACUCAGCUCGCACAAUGGGUGUCCGUCCACUUGAGGAUGUCGUUGAUGGUAUCCGUGUUGGUUCUAAGAAGAUGUCCUGGGACCCAGCAACGUUCGAUUCGACGACGAUAAUCCACAAGCAAGCUUCAGCGYACAUGGAACUCAAAGCGACCCUUUCCUCCGCCACAGGUGCCGCCGGACUCGUCAUCAACGCUUCUCCAGACGGAGAAGAAUACACCAAUAUCAUCUACGAGCCCUCCAACCACACCAUCCUGGUUGACAGACUCCACAGCAGCAACAUCGCCGAGUUCAACAACCAGACCAUUACUGGAUACUUCUAUCCCUACACCGUCAACGGCACACAAGAAGACAUCGUGUUCAACGUCUUUAUCGAUGGCUCCAUCGCGGAGAUCUAUAUCAACGACCGUUUCGCGUUGAGUGCAAGAGUGUACCCAUCCAAGGAAUGCAGUACUGGCUUWGGUGUAUAUGUAGCUGAGGGUUCCGAGGCGGCAUUCAAGGGCGUGGAGGCUUGGAUUGGCACUGCGAAGGUGUGGCCGGGGAGACCGGAGAACACCAGCUCGGAGCUUGUGUGGGACUCGGCUGAGGAAACUAACGAUUAUGUCUGGUGGACUGGCAACUAG